AUGGAGAUCUGGGCGAAACCCCCCCGAUUUUGGUUGGAAUACAUGGACUGCGUUUGGCGUGUGCUGUCAAUAAAUAGAGCAGUAAAGAUGAAUGACUUUGAUGGGUACAAAGCUGUCAUAAAUGCCAUGCCAGACCUCUUUGUCUGCUCAGAUCAACAGAAUUAUGCUAGGUUCCUCACAUAUUUUGGCUAUUUUCUAGAACACAUUGAGGAAACUCAUCCUGGUGCAGAGAAACUUCUCCAUGCUGGAGCAAUCAGUGUAGCCAGAUCACACAUCCCAGGCAACCGCUGCCACACUGACAAAAUGAUAGAGGAGACAGCUAUGAAAUGGCUGAAGUCAAAGUCCGGUUCUGGGACAUCAUCUGUUGGGAUCUGUGGAAUCACCAGUAAUUAUGGCGCAAGCCAACGUCACAUCCUGAUUGCUCAUGCUAAAGGAGAGUUUGUAGAGAAGAUGUGGAACAUGGUUGGCUGCCAAAGUAACCACUCUGAAAACCAGCAAAGAGACCUGAGACCACGUGAAAUCAUUGGUCUAAGGAGCAAGUGCAGCGCACAAUAG